CUCUGGGAGCAGGGGGAGGAAGAAGUGGGGAGAGUGAGUGAGCAGCUACGUGGUUUUGAGACUGUUUUGGCUGGACUUAAACCACGACACCAUGAUAUGGCUCAGAGUAUUUUCUGAAAAAGUCCUGCAGUGCAGAGGAGUCAAACAUUUGAUCACAUGCAGCAGCACAAGAUAGAUGGAGUACAGCUGACUCAACAGCUACAGGGGAUUUGGCCCACUCAUGUUGCUUUCAGAAUGGAAACAAUCACUUGCUUGAAGGAAACAAUGUUAUCCAACUUGUGGUGUCAGUCAGCCUAUUCCCACAGUCACUGCAUUGAUGGAGGAAAAUUUUGUUUAUAAAGAAGGGGGAGAUGUGUGGAAUCCUGCACAAGAAGCUGCACCAGUAGACUUGGACGAGAGCCCAGACAUCUGGACUCUUAUCAGCCACAAACCCUGGGAGAAGUGAGCGGGACAAGUCGGGAAGAACAGGAAAAAGAACAUCAGGUGGAACCGAAGAAAGAGCAUAAAGGUAAUUUCUGAGGACUGUACAUUUGGAAACAGCAGGAUGCUUAGGCAAGAUAAAGAAUGUGUAGUCAAGGGGAAGUGGAAAUGACAAUGCGGCGAGUAGUGAUAGCAGAGAACUAUGUUUAGAAAUAAUUACUCAAGCAAAGGCGUGUUGACAGUAAUGUGAUUGGCUGGAAGAGUGCGUGAUCAGUAAGACUUUUUUGUGAUCAAAAAGUAGCAAAAGAAUUAACUGCUGCUAAGCACUAGGCAGAAUACUAUAAAAACCUGUAAGCUCACUCAAUAAAGGAUUUUGUUUGUAGCCAGAAAUGGAAUCUAUGCCUCAGCUGACACAAGAUCAGGCAUGGCAACGGAUGCCAUCCCAUUGAAAGGACGACCCGUGUGCAGUAGGGACCCUAGGCAUGUUCAUCCUCAAUGAACAAGCUAGUAUCAUGUUCUCGAAGGUCAACACAUGCUUUUCAACUGAGCUGCAAUGACAGAGUAAAUUUUUGGAACCUGGGUGAAAUAGUAGCUGCCUCAUUUUUAGCUCCCGUCGUAGCUAGCACUCAAAUUUUAGCAACAUUGAAUAAGUAAGGAUGUUGGUUUGCUAAACUAAUGCUACAUCAUCUGCUCUCUCUGUAUUGCUCACUGAUGUUGAUUUGACUAGACAUGCGACUUUACAAAAUAGGGCAGAAAUCAAUUUUCUCCUCUUAGCACAUGGACAUGGGAGUGAAAUUCUGGAAGGGAUGUGUUGCAUGGAUUUGUCAGACCAUUCGGAAUCCAUACAUGAAAGUAUCCGUAAAUUAAAAGACAGCGUGACAAAGUUAAGGGAAGAUGAUACAGACUGCUUAUCAUCACUUUUCUCUGGGUGGGGUAUAACUGGGUGGUUAUUAACUUUGGUUAAGGGAGGAUUGAUCUUUUUUGCUUGCUUUUUUUGCUAUCAUAUACGUUGUACCUUGCUUGUUACAAUGUAUGCAGCAAAUGUUAUCCCAAGCUUUUGAAAGACAUGUGUUUACUGCAUUGCAAAAACAAGAAGGGGGAACUGUGGGGGUUGGAAUGUAUCAAAGCUGUCAGAGACCAUGGAAAGGAGGAACUACAGCAGCCUAUUAAGAGUGAUCUGUCCCUGACUGGUACUUGGAAGAUGCUGGAACUGGCAAGGAGCAAGGAUGUUGGAACUGGAAAGAGGAUGUCGAUAAGAAAAUCAGAUAGACCUUUCACCUGAUGUAACCACAAAGCAAACACAGAUGUGUUUGGCUAAUUGCUUGGAAGCAUACAAAUAUCGUGUAACAUUUGCAAUAAACAAUCCAGCUUGUACUCUACCUCUGGGUUUGUGCCUUCCAUCCUCACAAGUUUUGCAAUGGAACAGCUAUGGUUACUGCUCCUGCUGAUGAUUAAAGUGCUUUCAGUGGCUGCUCAAUUCAAUGGAUACAACUGUGAUGCUAACCUCCAUAGCAGGUUUCCUGCUGAACAAGAUAUCAAUGUUUUCUGUGGAGUACAGACAAUUACUAUGAAGAUAAAUUUUUGCACAGUUCUUUUCUCUGGCUAUUCUGAGACAGAUCUGGCGCUGAAUGGGAAACAUGGUGAUGCCCACUGCAGGGGUUUCAUCAAUAACAACACCUUUCCAGCAGUGGUCAUUUUCAUCAUCAAUCUGAGUACUUUAGAAUCCUGUGGAAACACUCUAGUGGUAUCCUCAGCUCGAGCUAUCAAUGCUUAUGGAAAUACCUCAGUGGUACAGAUAGGUAAUGUUUCAGGCUAUAUUGAUACACCAGACCCACCAACAAUUAUCAGCUAUUUGCCUGGGCUGCUGUACAAAUUUAGCUGUAGCUAUCCACUGGAGUACUUGGUUAACAAUACCCAGCUUGCUUCGUCAUCAGCUGCCAUUUCUGUAAGAGAGAACAAUGGUACAUUUAUUAGCACUUUGAAUUUGCUGCUUUACAAUGAUUCAACCUACAGCCAUCAGCUCCUUAUUCCAAGUACAGGUUUACCUUUGAAAACCAAAAUAUAUGCAGCUGUAAGAGCGACCAACCUUGAUGGCAGGUGGAAUGUUUUGAUGGACUACUGUUACACCACACCAUCUGGUAAUCCUAGCGAUGAUGUGCGAUAUGAUCUUUUUUUCAGCUGUGACAAGGACCCACAGACAACUAUAAUUGAAAAUGGCAAGAGCCAAAUGGGCCGGUUUUCCUUUGAGGUGUUUCGCUUUGUGAAGCACAAGAACCAGAAGAUGUCUACGGUCUUCCUUCACUGUGUGACAAAGCUGUGCAGAGCAGAUGACUGUCCCUUUCUUGUGCCAAUUUGCAGUAACAGAGAAAGAAGAGACACUGCUGGGAGGACAACUUGGAGCCCUCAGAGCACCUCUGGCAAUGCUGUAAUCUCUGCUGGCCCCAUCAUUACAAGGAGUGAUGAGACAACAACCAACAAUUCACAGCUUGCUCACCCAGAUGGACUUCCUUUCCAGGUGAACUCAAUCACCACUGCACUGGUUUCAGGCAUUGUCAUCCUAGGAAUCACAAGCAUUUUCUUUUUUGUAUGCUCCAUAACCCUUCUGCACAGAAAGUGGCCCAAUUCUUCAGUCUUGACUGGCAUCCGAAACCCAGUUUUCAACUGAAACUGAUUACUUACUUUCACUUUUUCUUUGGGGCUGCCUUUCUUGUCCAUGAAAUGAGUCCAUUCAAAAAUAAUAUUAAGGCAAUACUCCAGCUGUAUCCAGCUUCUAUUCCAGCUAUUCUAUAUUUUUGUUUUGCUAGAUGAUGUUGUGUAGGUAAGCAGCAGUGACAUUGGUAAAAAUCCUAGAAAAUUAUGAGAAUCUCAAUUGUGUUUGUGAUCAGAUUGUGAUCAGACAUGCCCAUGGGUGUGCUGACAAUAAAGCUUGUGUCUCCAGCUUCCCAGUGAGGUCUCAAAGCUAAAAAUACUUAAGGUGAGAACCUUUCCAAGCAUGCCAUGUUUGCACUAAACCUGACAUAUUCAGAAACAUCAUUAAGACCAUACACACCUACUAAAAGGAUAACUUUUACUUUGUCAUGGUAUUUUUCACAGAUCUGAAAACACUUUUGUCUCCAGAGGACUGUUUUAUUUUGUCUUGGCUAAAAAUAUCUCAAGAGAGACUAAGAAUAGGUGAUUUUUACUUACUGUUCAUUUAGAAAUUUUUUCUUAGAUGUAUCUUCCACCGAAUUGUGAUGAUAUCACAUGAAGGGCAUAAUUUGGUUGAGUAUCUUUAAGUCACAUAGUUUGAGGCAAAUUGCAGUUGGUCCCAGGGAACAAUGCUGUAGUUCUUGAGGUGGAAAAAUCUUUUCCCAGCAAAAUCAUUGAGUGAGAAUCAGUGAGGACUUUAAAUCUAAAUGAUGUUUAGCAGCAAGUUACUUCUGCACAGAAUUAUCACAUCUACAGCCUUCAAUUAAAUUCUAACCUCAGGAACUGCUCCAAGGGGAAAAGUAUUCCUUCCCAUCCCCAAAUCCUUGAGCAGGCAAGCAAGUAAUGCCUGAUCUUUCCUCAUACAUAACUAUUUUUGGAGGUCAAAAGAUCAGGGUGGGAUUGGUACUGGUUGAUUCACUUGGUACAUGAAAGUGCAUGCUCACCAGCUGUGUAUUCUGCACAUGCUUAGCAGUUGAGAAAAAGUCUCAUUAAUAUCCUAAUUUGUAAGAACCACUUUUGCCCCAUGAACUUUGCAGUUUUUGGAUAAGACUUUGCAUUCUACAUGUAGAGAUGUAAAUCAGUGCUUAUUUCUUCAGCAGAUUUCCUGAAUGGAUUAGACUUCUUCAUUGUAUGGAUGAGGAGGAGAGGGCAACAAGAGGGAUAACAAGUCAUAAGCAGUACUGUACUAUUGACUCUAGUUAAUUUGAUAAAUGUCACACUUAACUGAAGUGAGUGUGAGUGAUCAGGUGCCCUCAAACAGGAGAACAGGGCAGUCAGUACUAUGUAGAAUAAACAAAAAUGCUGGUAUUAGAGGCUGCUGUAGACACAACAUAUAUUAAGCUGGACUGUCUAGAUGACUGGGAUUUUGCCUACACAUACACCAGUUCAAUUGCGUUUUUCAUAUAGUGUACAUAUGUGCCUAGGAACACCUCAUUGAUAUUUAUCAUCAUUCUGUGUUAACCAUGACUGUAAUUUCAUUGAUGUGAUACUACUGGCUAUCGAUCAAGAAUUUUGUCUCUCCGGGCUAAAGACAAAUGCAGACUUGUCCUCAACUUCCUCUGAUCCUGCAUAUGCCUGUUGUUCACAAAGUCCACUGUGCUCUGGUAUCCCUAAUGACCAACACUGUGCCUGUUUUCCUCCAGUCUUAAUACCUCAGAAACAUUUUUGCACUUCAGGGGUUAGGUCUGAUUACAUAUAAAACAUGAUUGUUUAAUAAAAUCAUUUGAAACAUUUCAGAAAAAAAUGCAGUGUCUGAACUUUUCCUCACCCUGUCAGAUUUUUACAGUUUUGUGUAUGUGCUUUCAG